UGUAUAAAUAGCCAUUGGUCUCCAUUGUUGUGCACACCGAAAAGGAGUAUUCGUUUCCAAAUAUACCUUUUCCUCCUUUCUUGGACAGGAAUAUCCCUCCAUACAGAGAAAGAGAGAGAGGCAGGCGGGGAGAGUGGGAGAGGCAGGCCGGGAUGGAAGAGCUUCACAUGUCCAGAUUCAAGAGGAUUUGUGUCUUCUGCGGCAGCAGCCCGGGAAAGAAAAUGAGUUAUCAGGAGGCUGCGGUGGAGUUGGGCAAGGAGAUGGUGGAGAGAAGCAUCGAUUUGGUGUAUGGAGGUGGAAGCGUGGGUUUGAUGGGGCUCGUUUCACAAGCUGUGCAUGAUGGAGGGCGCCAUGUUUUGGGAGUUAUCCCCAAGACGCUGAUGCCCAGAGAGAUAAGUGGGGAGACAGUAGGGGAGCUGAGAACUGUCUCUGACAUGCACCAAAGGAAAGCAGAGAUGGCUCGUCAAGCUGAUGCCUUUAUAGCACUCCCUGGCGGAUAUGGUACCCUGGAGGAACUUCUUGAAGUCAUCACUUGGGCACAACUUGGUAUCCAUAAUAAACCUGUGGGGCUCUUGAACGUGGACGGAUAUUACAACUCUCUACUGUCUUUCGUUGACAAAGCAGUGGACGAAGGUUUCAUCUCUCAAUCCGCACGUCACAUAAUCGUUUCUGCACCAACGGCCAAAGAAUUAGUGAGGAAGCUAGAGGAGUACGAACCUAAGCUCGAUCCGUUCGUGUCCAAGCUAAUUUGGGAAGUGGAACCUCUUGGCUACGACGCGCGGCAGCAGUCCGGCGUUGCAAGCUGAUCGGAAACUAAGCCAUGGCUCAUGACUAACGGUUGCACUCAUCUCGCUCCCUGCACCAAUCUCAUGAGUAGAUAAAAAAACUCACACAUUUUGGUCAUCUAUGUACAUGGCAUGUAAAAACGGGGAGAUGGUUUUCAAAGAAGAAAGGGAACUGAUAUCGAAAGAUCAACAUUUUGUCAAUGGUAUAGAAUCAAUGUCGGCAACAUUGUCAACUUGGGCCUUAUUUUGUCUGCUCUCUGCAUUAUAAAUCCAUUUUAUUUGGUCUAACAUUCAUCGCCCUUUAGACUUAUUGCUCUUGUACAUGGGUGUUUGUUCUUGGAUUUUUUCUUCUUGUAUUCUAGCCCUUAUUUAAUUUUAU